CGGGGCUCGCCAUGGGGUAGUACUUAUUAUUAGAUAAAUGAACGUAAUUAGAUCGGGUUCCUGAGUAAAUAAGGAGAGCGCAACACAAGACAGGCAAUGUUCGUUCGUAUGUCUUGUGUUUGCUGACACGCAACAAAGGAGAUCAUUUACAGAAGGCGAACAGAAGACGACAAUCCAUUUGACAAUGUUCCGGUGGUUUGUCGCCAAGUUUAGCCUUCUUGCGUUGGUAAUCAUUUCCCACAUCAAAUCAGUCCCUGAAAGCGAGUUUAUCGCUGCUGUAUACGAACACGUGCCACCCUUAAAUAGGCCAAAGGAGAUAACAAGGGCGAACGCCUUAGGAAUUAUGAUGCGAAACAUUGAUACGUACGAGGAGCAGAUGGUAAUAGCCAGAGAUAAGAAUUCCAGCAUUAUUGUAUUCCCAGAGUAUGGCCUCACAGGUUGGAACCAAACCCGAUCCGUUUUCAAGCACUUUUUGGAGAACAUCCCCGAUCCAAAGAUUUCUUCGAAUCCGUGUCUGGAUCCUGGCAUAAACAAGACCACACCCAUCCUGUACCGUCUAAGUUGCCUGGCCAGGAAAUAUGCCAUGUACCUUGUCGUUAACAUGGGUGACAUCAAGCCCUGCCAGAAAGCCUCUGACCCGCAUUGUCCAGGUGAUGGUCGCUACCAGUACAACACCAACGUGGUGUUUAGUGACAACGGCACCCUUGUGGCCAGGUAUCACAAGCAGCACCCAUUUAUGAACGAGAUGAAAGUCGUAAACAGACCGCGUGUACCAGAGCUUGUUACAUUCCAGACACCAUUUGGCAAGUUCGGCACCUUCGUCUGUUUCGAUGUUCUGUUCCAGGCCCCUGCUGUUCAAUUAGUGACGUCAGUAGGGAUUGAUCACGUGGUUUUCCCCACCGCGUGGUUCGAUGUACUACCUUUGUUCCCCGCUAUUGGAUUUCACAGUUCCUGGGCGCGUGGGAUAGGGGUCAACUUUCUGGCCGCUAAUACCCACGUGCCGAGCUUUGCUAACACCGGAAGUGGCAUUUACAGCUCAAGCGGAGCCAGGGAGUACUACCGUAGCUUUUCAGCAAGCGGAAAACUCUUGAUCGCCUCUCUACCCAAAUCACCCAAGAAAUCGCCCAGUAACAUGACCUAUGUGAAGACUCCCGGUAACACAAACGACGAUGUGUUCUAUUCUGACCUCUUUGGCGAUCGGUUCCUUUUCAAGGAACUCGACAAAGCGGAAGCCAUCAUUCGCGUGUGUUACCCAGGAAGUAAGUCGUGCUGUACAUUGCAUUACAAGAUGGCUGCCAAACUUCCUGAUGAGCUGUACGCGCUGGGAGUGUUCGACGGUUUGCACACACUGGAAGGGCAGUACUACCUUCGGGUCUGCACGCUUAUCAAGUGCUUCGGGAUGUCCCGAAGUUCUUGCGGGUCACAGGUCUCCAGCGCGAGCACUAUCUUUGACUCCUUUGCCCUAAGAGCAGAGCUAAACGCCAGUCACGUGUUCCCGGCUGUGGUCGCGCAUGGCGUUACAUUGUUGCGUGACGAGUGGGAUCACGAUGUGCCUGUCAAGCAAGUCGAGAGUAAGCGGCGCCUGAGCAAGGGCCUGUUAAGCGCGACGCUGUUUGGCCGAGUGUACAGCCUCGAUGGAGGGAAGACUUCCUCUACUGGUCGGGCUACCUGUGGUCCUACGUUUAUUUUGACGUUGAGAAUUGUGUGCAUAGCAAUGAUAAGUGUAAAUCUUACCUAGCGUGCAUUCAAUUGUCUUAUUACUUAGAAAGAUCGCAGUUAUAACUAAUAGUGACUAGCAGUUAUUCUCGAUAAGCCCUAACUUGUCUAUUGUCUAAUGAUGAAAGUUCGCGUAAUUCGAACUCAAACGGGUUGAUUUAAAAACGAUUUAUUAUGUACACGGAAUCACACAAAUAAUCAAAUGCUGAAUAGUAGAUUAUGUGAAUGGUAAGAUAUAGAAUACGCAAUUGGGGUUGCAAUACCUAAAUCGGAAAGUAGCAAGUUUGCACUGGGCAAUGUUCGUGGGAAGCAAUGUUCUUAGUCCUUAGUUGAUGAGCUAGUAGAUUGUGUAGGAUUGUAGAAUUGCAGGCACUUAGAUACUUAGCACAAUGAUAGCAUAGAAUAAUAUGAUAUAUCUUGCGUUUGCAAACGUGGAGUGCUGUGAGCAGUUACAUAUAGGCAGUACAAUAUAAGUAAUGGUUUUUGAAAAAAAAACUUGAAGAAAAAUUGUGUAUUAAAAUUACAGACGAGCAACUCAGGGGAUCGAAGGCAUGGCUCUAAGGAUUCAUACGGGAAAAUCACAGAAAAUAGCGUAUCUUUAUGGGGUUUUAACAAAAAUGCAUGAAACUUUCAAGUGAGUUUGUCUUUUGAAACGUAGACAAAAUAUGUAUCUUGUAACUAUGGAAACCAAGGUCGCGUGACUUAAAGGUGGCCAUCUUUUAGUCACGUGACCUUAGUUUUCAUAGUUUCAAAAUACAUAGUCCUUUUCCGUUUCGCAUUUAAUUCUAAACCUCUUGAAGAUACGCCAUUUUAUGUGAUUUUGCCGUAUAUUCUCGAGAUGCCUUAGACCACCUAAGAAUAUUGUAUUUGCGAUAAUUGAAUGUUUUUGUCUGUGCUCAUCAGAGCACUCAAAGUCAAAGCUCAAAGUAUUUUACGGUAUUUGGGAAUAGAUGAAAAAGGAAUUGGGAAUUGUUUAUUAUUAUAAAACACAUAUAUAAAUUUAGGCUUUGCCCCAAA